UCUUUGAAUGAUGGGAGGUUUGGUGUGGAUGUUAAUGAAGGAGCCAACAAUGAGGGGAAGUGGAGAACUCCUCAUAGUAAUGGGGGAGAUGCUCAUAUGAGGAAACACGAACUUUUGAGGAGAGGGAUUGAGAAUGUGUGUCAGAUUUUGGAAAGUGGCCCGUGGGGACCUUCAUUGGAGAAAGCUCUCUCUUUGUGUGAUGAUAAACCUGAGGCAGACCUGGUUAUUGGAGUGUUGAGGAGGCUGAAGGAUAUCAAUCUAGCAAUUAAUUACUUUAGAUGGGUGGAGAGGGCAACAAACCAAGUGAAUCUGCCAGAAACAUACCACUCGCUUCUGAUAUUGAUGGCAAGGUGUAGGAAAUUUGAUAGAAUUGGGCAUGUUUUGGAGGAAAUGAGUCUUGCUGGAUUUGGACUUUCUUUCGAGACAAGCAUGGAUUUAGUUUCCAGUUGUGUGAAGGCGCAAAGGUUGUGGGAGGCUUAUGAUCUUAUUCAAACAAUGAGAAACUUCAAAUUCCGCCCAGCAUUUUCAGCUUACACAACUCUUAUAGGAGCACUGGCUGCGGUGCAUAAGCCUGAGCAUCCUAAUCUCAUGCUUUCCCUCUUUCAUCAGAUGCAGGAGUUAGGCUAUGAAGUAAGUGUGCAUCUGUUUACCACUUUAAUUCGUGUAUUCGCCCGUGAUGGCCAGGUUGAUGCUGCUCUCUCCUUGUUAGAUGAGAUGAAGAGCAACUCAUUUCAAGCAGACAUUGUUCUCUAUAAUGUGUGUAUCGACUGCUUUGGUAAGGCUGGUAAAGUCGAUAUGGCUUGGAAAUUCUUUCAUGAGAUAAAAGCCCAUGGUCUCAUUCCUGAUGAUGUGUCGUUUACCAGCAUGAUAGGAGUUCUUUGUAAAGCUAAUAGGAUGAAUGAAGCUGUUGACUUGUUCGAGCAGAUGGAGCUGAAUAGGUCUGUUCCGUGUGCAUAUGCUUAUAACACCAUGAUCAUGGGCUACGGUUCUGCUGGAAAGUUUGAUGAAGUGUAUAGUUUGCUUGAGAGGCAAAGACUGAAGGGGUCUAUUCCAAGUGUGAUUGCAUACAAUAGUCUUCUUACAUGCCUUGGGAGGCGGGGAAAAGUAGAUGAGGCCUUAAAGGUUUAUAGUGAUAUGAGAACAGAUGCUAUGCCGAACCUGUCUACAUAUAAUAUUCUCGUUGAUAUGCUUUGUAGGGCAGGAAAACUUGAUGCAGCUUUAGCAAUACAAAAUGACAUGAAGGCAUCUGGCUUGACUCCUGAUAUAAUGACCGUCAACAUAAUGAUAGACAGAUUGUGCAAGGCUAAUAAACUUGAUGCGGCUUGUUCUGUCUUUCAUAGCAUGGAUCGCAAAGUUUGUACCCCGAACAAAUAUACAUUUUGUUCACUGAUAGAUGGCUUGGGUAGGCAUGGCAGAGUAGAUGAUGCAUACAAAUUAUAUGAGGAGAUGCUAGAUUCUAACGAGGUACCAGAUGCUAUUAUAUAUACAUCCCUAAUCAAGAACUUCUUCAAGUCUGGCAGAAAGGAGGAUGGUCAUAAGAUUUACAAGGAAAUGGUCCGGAAAGGCACCUCACCAGACCUCACACUCCUUAACACGUAUAUGGAUUGUGUUUUCAAAGCUGGUGAAACAGAAAAGGGCAGAGCCUUGUUUGAGGAUAUCAAAGUUCGGUUUACCCCUGAUGCACGAAGCUAUUCAAUUCUAAUAAAUGGUCUCAUAAAGGCUGGUUUUGCACGUGAGACUUACGAGAUCUUCUAUGCAAUGAAGGAACAGGGUUGUGCUCUUGACACCCUUGCUUAUAACACUGUUAUUGAUGGAUUCUGUAAGUCAGGUAAAGUUAACAAAGCUUACCAGCUAUUGGAAGAAAUGAAGGCAAAAGGUCAUCAACCGACUGUGGUGACAUAUGGUUCUGUUAUUGAUGGGCUUGCUAAGAUUGACCGGCUUGACGAAUCUUAUAUGCUUUUUGAAGAAGCAAAAUCAGUUGGAGUGGAACUAAAUGUAGUUGUCUAUAGUAGUCUUGUAGACGGGUUUGGAAAGGUGGGGAGAAUUGAUGAAGCAUAUCUCAUCAUAGAGGAAAUGAUGCAAAAUAAUUUAACACCUAACAUCCAAACAUGGAAUUGCUUGCUUGAUGCUCUUGUUAAGGCAGAAGAGAUCGAUGAAGCCCUUGUCUGCUGGAAUUCUAUAAAGGACUUGAAAUGCACACCUAAUAUCGUAACGUACAGCAUUCUUAUAAAUGGUCUGUGUAAGGUUCGGAAGUUCAACAAAGCCUUUGUGUUUUGGCAGGAGAUGCAGAAACAAGGAUUGAAACCUAAUGCAAUCACCUAUCUCACUAUGAUAUCUGGGCUUUCCAAGGCUGGAAAUAUAUUGGAGGCCACUAAACUAUAUGAGAGAUUCAAAGAAAAUGGAGGUAUACCUGAUUCUGCCUGCUAUAAUACAAUGAUAGAAGGCUUGAGCUUAACGAAUAAGGCAACGGAAGCAUAUCAACUAUUUGAGGAAACAAGGUUAAAGGGCUGUAAAAUACACACUAAAACCUGUGUGGUUCUUUUGGAUGCGCUGCAUAAAGCCGAAUGUCUUGAGCAAGCAGCUAUAGUGGGUGCUGUAUUAAGGGAAACAGCUAAAUCACAACAUGCUUCUAGAUCGUUGUGAUGUUGGAUUUUCCGGUUGAGGAGGUUGUAUAUCUUUUGGUGUGUAUUUGGCUCUUCUAUUUACGAUCGUAGAAAGAAUGAAAGGAAAUUUACACAUGUUACUUUUGGCCAACACUUGUUUAAUGAGUUGGUCAAUAUUGAGUAUUCCAUUGACGAAUGCUGCAGUGCAUGCCAUUUGUUCAUGCUGUUUUAUCAACUCCCUUGAAGUGGAGGAGCUUAUAUUGAUUGUUACAAGAAGCUCCCUGCAGGUCCUUCCUACCGAUUUUCCCUUAUACAUGCUUGAAACAAUAGGACCACCUGUUCCUUUCUGCAUAGACGUGUGGACAUGUGCAUGCACCACAUAAUUUUCUUCUGAUUAUACUUGAUAAGUCUCUUUUCAUUUUCUGAUAAGUCUCUUUUCAUCUGGUAAGAGGAAUCGUCUGUAAACUUGCUCGGGCAUUGUAAACUAAAUUUUGAUUAUAGGUGAUGAGAGAAAUGAGGAAAUGUUUUACAGUCAUGCUGACUUGCAAUUCUGCUUCAGCCUUUCCAAGUAGUGUUUUCAUGAUUUUAUUGGGAAUCUAACCGAUUUUGUUACCAGUUAAAUUUGUUCAAUCAUCAGUCUUACCAGUCAGAUAAAAGUUGAGCAUAUGUUGAUAAAAAUGAUAUUCUCCGGAAAAAAAAAAAAAAAAAAAGAGAUGAUAGAAUUGACGGCAACACAGGAGGUUCUGCAGCUGGUAGUGGAUCUAACAAGUGCAAGAGCACAAUGUUGGGCUCUGCAGAAGUUCAAAGUUCUGAAGUGCCUGUGAGGUAAAUCUUUAAAUCUUAUUAUGGUCCAAAUAUCAGUAGCCUAGGAGUUAUAUGGUUAACAAACUUUCAAAAAGUGAAGUUUCUCAGAAACAGCAGUGCCUUCUCACCCUUUUCAUGUGUGGUAUUCUUGCUAGUAUGUAUGCUAAUCCCAGUGGCCUAGGCAAACUGGAAAUACUGUUUUAUCGUAUGAUGCAUGCGUCCAGCUAUGAGUUCACUCCCUAUUCGGAAGAUUAAUGUGCAUUGCUGAUGAGUGCAUAAUAUAACCAGCUACCUGUCAUCUCUCCCAUAUUAUUCUGGCAGUCUCUGUUGCACUCCACAGAACACUUUCUCCAUACUUCAUUGUUAGAUUUAUGCGACGUAUGCUGGUUGAGAAAAGUGUUGGUCAAUCACAGGAAAAGCUGCUGAGCAGAGAUCCUUGUGAGUGAAGGUGCCUUUUGAUGACUAAGAAAACAACUGGAACUAUCGAAGUUCAAUGUCUACUCAUUACUGUACAACUGGUUAUUUUGCUUGAACUUUCAUUUUAUAUUUUUGACUCUUUUUUUUUAACAAUUAUAUAUUUUUAACUUGAAUUAAUGAAGCUUUCAUUAAUAACAAGAUUUGCUAUUCAACACU